AGCGAUAAGGUGCAGUGGCAAUUGGGAACUCCUCACCCGUCAUUCAUCUUCACCUCCAUCAAUCGACAAAUUAGCCCCUCGUCCCGACUUUCGAUCCUUCUCCUCAUAAACUCCAUUCAUUGCUACUGUCAUGUCCGACCAUUGCGUCCUCUACAUGUCAGAAGCAACCCAAUGACCAGUUUACAAUGCCCCCCUCCGGAUCGAACUCGGCGGAGUCUGUCCCCAACCGGCCCCAAAUUCCGGGAGAGCUGCAAGAGCUGCGCAGCAUCCAAGAUCAGAUGCACCAAGGAGAAGCCGCAAUGUGCGCGGUGUGUGAAACGCAACAUGGUCUGCGAGUAUCUGGAAAGCAAACGCGCACGACGCAAACCAGGCGCGCGCCUCAAGCAUCGGGAGUCUAUUACCACGAAUGCUCAUCAUUCCCCGACGACGACGACCAUCACCACCUCGCGCACCACAUCUUCCUCUCCAUCUGCUUCUCCCAAGACCUAUCACCCGCUAAACUACGUAGACAUUCUCUCCUGGACGCCUACGCCUACGCUGCCUGAUUCUGCAACCGACACUCAAACCGGCCUGCACUGCAAUUUCGAUGACUUUUUGGCCUUCUCCCACUCCACUUCACUGCUCGGCGUACCUGAGGCGGGCGAGCUGCCUGUCCACCUGACAACCGACUUUCGCCAGCUCGAGGAGCUCAAUCGCGCCCCGGAGGCUCUUGACGAGAUCCUCCAGUGCCGGUGCUCCGAGGAUGGGUACCAGCUAGCAAUCCUUUCUGUGGUGAUUCUCAAAGUCCUAGGCUGGUAUGCGACGAUCAUUCGACCGCUCCUGGGUGUGGAGGCGCACAGUCCGGGAGUGGGAGAGGGGACGACGGUGCGUACCGACUCGCUCGCGGAGACUCAGCUUUCCUCCUCAUUCUAUGUGGACUCUGGUCAGCAGAUCUCGCCCAAGAUCACCAUGGGACCCCCUCUCGCGUACGGGAGGGAAAGCGAGGGCAAGACUCGCAUGGCGGCGCAGCUGAUCCUCAGCCAGCUGCAUCGCGUCCAGCGGCUCGUAAAUAUCCUAUGCCACCGCUUCAAACUGCACAGCAACCGUGAACAGAACCCAGCCUGGAACUCCAGCACGGCGUCCACUGCCACCGAGCCCGAAGGACCUGCUUACAUCGAGCAUCUCUAUCCUUUCUCAAGUCUUGUAUUUGACCAGAUCGAGAAGGAUGUGCGCGGGCGUCUCCGAUCUCUUUCCACCGAGCUCCUAGAGAUGCUACGCUACUAGCGGUUAAUUCUACCUCAUUCUCAUACAUACAUCCAGCAUUCGUGGUUGUGGCUGUAAUCCGGUCACGCGAUCCAGUGCUUAUUCAUCUAUGCGGCUCCCUUACAGAAAUGUCGUCAGUUAGGUCAACGAUCAUAACCAAUCACCAAGCAAUCAACGAACUAACCUCGGACUCGCCCGCUUGAGCUUCCAAGUCCGUGGGGAAUGUUCUCUGGCAAUCUUACUCAACUGCAAAGAACUGUCUUAAAGCCUCGGGAACAAGUCAG